CUAAUCAAUAAACCUAAGGCGUUUUCUUUACUAUAUGUGGCCACUAUAUAUUUAGAAUGAUACUUCUUUUAUUACAAUGCCAGUGGCUGUUUCAGCCUCGACUUGUUCUUAGGCACAAUAAAGAAAAUCAAUACUCGGAAGGUUUGAAAUAAAUUCAAUGAUCUAAUUACAAAAAUCAAUAGUUUGAAAUGCAACAGAAACAAUGAAAAACAGGAAGCGAUCAAUACAUCCCGUCCAAAUCCUUUAAAAAUGUUGUAGAUUGGUGGCCUGUAAAGCCGCUGGACGACUGAAAACAUUGGAUGAUCUUUACAUAUUUGUCCAGCAACAUUUAGCUAUGGCGGAAUCAAAACGAAGAGUGAUUUCUGAUGAUGAAAUUAAAGAAAUAAAAGAGGCAUUCAACGUGCUAGAUGACGAUAAAGAUGGCCGAAUCUCCCUGGACAACAUGAAAACUUUGCUCCAGUCACAGUUCAUGGUCUUCACAGACGCUCAGGCCACAGCGGCUGUACAACAGCUGGACGAAGAUCAUAGUGGCUACAUUGAGUACUCAGAGUUUGAGAAGUACGUCCUAGAAAACAACUUAUCGAAACCAACUGCAGACGAAUUUGGUGCUGAAAUGUUGGACGCCUUUCAAAUGUUUGACACAGACAAAAACGGGUUUAUUGACGCUGAGGAAUUUAAAACCUUUAUGACUAAAUUUGGAGAUAAGAUGUCAGAUGAGGAGGUCAAAGAAAUCAUGCAAGAAGCAGACACAGAUGGCGAUGGGAAAAUUGAUUACCAAGAGUUUUGUGUGCACAUGUCAAAGAGCUUUUAGCCGAUGAGAUGGAACUUUUUACCAGAUUGUACACUAAUAAAACACAUCAAAGCAAAA